CACGCCAAGGCCCUUCUUCUUCAUUCUUUCCCCUUCUCCUCAAAAUCCCCAAAUUUCUCAAGAUUUCUCUUCUCGAUCUCUCCCAAAUCCCUAGCCUCUUCCCUCCGAUCUCCAUCCAAAUCGAGCCAGAAUCGAUCCAGAGUUCGAUUUCUAGGGUUUUGGAUCCGGGAGCGCUGGAUUCAUUGCGGCGAAUCGCGGAUUUGUGAUCGAGAUGUAUAGCAAUUUCAAGGAGCAAGCGAUCGAGUACGUGAAACAAGCCGUGCAGGAGGACAAUGCCGGGAACUAUGUCAAGGCGUUUCCGUUGUAUAUGAAUGCGUUGGAGUACUUCAAAACGCAUCUCAAGUAUGAGAAGAACCCUAAGAUCAAGGAAGCUAUUACCCAGAAGUUUACUGAGUAUCUACGCCGCGCGGAGGAGAUUCGGGCUGUGUUGGAUGAUGGAGGGACCGGUCCGGCGGCUAACGGAGAUGCGGCUGUUGCGACCAGGCCCAAGACGAAGGCUAAGGGUGGUGAGGGUGGCGAUGGUGGAGAGGAUCCCGAGCAGGCGAAGCUCCGGGCCGGGCUCACUUCUGCGAUUAUCUCGGAGAAGCCUGACGUGAAGUGGAGCGAUGUUGCGGGGUUGGAAAGCGCCAAGCAGGCUUUGCAGGAGGCUGUUAUCUUGCCUGUCAAGUUUCCUCAGUUUUUCACUGGUAAGCGGAGGCCCUGGAGGGCAUUUCUCUUGUAUGGUCCUCCUGGAACUGGAAAAUCAUAUUUGGCCAAGGCUGUUGCAACAGAGGCUGACUCAACCUUUUUUAGCAUAUCUUCCUCAGACUUAGUCUCAAAAUGGAUGGGUGAAAGUGAAAAGUUAGUUUCAAAUCUUUUCCAAAUGGCUCGUGAAAAUGCCCCUUCUAUCAUCUUCAUUGAUGAAAUAGAUUCAUUGUGUGGUCAACGUGGAGAAGGUAAUGAAAGUGAAGCAUCUAGGAGAAUCAAAACAGAACUUCUGGUGCAGAUGCAGGGUGUUGGAAACAAUGACCAGAAAGUCCUUGUUCUUGCUGCUACAAACACACCUUAUGCUCUUGAUCAGGCCAUCCGGAGGCGAUUUGAUAAGCGCAUCUACAUUCCUCUACCUGAUCUCAAAGCAAGGCAACAUAUGUUCAAGGUUCAUCUGGGAGACACUCCCCACAACUUGACUGAAAGUGAUUUUGAGCAUUUGGCCCGCAGGACGGAGGGGUUCUCCGGCUCAGAUAUUGCAGUUUGUGUCAAGGAUGUUCUUUUCGAACCAGUUCGUAAAACCCAAGAUGCAAUGUUCUUCACGAAGACCCCUAAUGGUAUGUGGAUGCCAUGCGGACCAAAACAACCCGGAGCUGUUCAGACUACCAUGCAAGACCUUGCAGCAAAAGGCCUUGCUGCUCAGAUACUUCCGCCGCCAAUCACAAGGACAGAUUUCGACAAAGUGCUUGCCCGACAGAGACCAACUGUUAGCAAAGCCGAUCUAGAGGUCCACGAGAGAUUUACCAAGGAAUUCGGAGAAGAAGGCUAAUCCAGUGUUGGUCCAUGCAGCGUCUUUUGCAGAGUAAAAUGUAUAUUGUAAUUAUACUGGCCUGCAUUAUGCUGUUUCUUAUGAGUCUCCCACCUCAUGUGGAGCAUACAAGUAGCCCUUCAUUUUGCGCAAACGUUUAACGAAUAAUUACGUCGACGCUGAUCGUUGUUAAGAUGUGUGAUGUAUAUGAAUGCUGGAUAGCUCUCUUGUUAUUCCAUUUCAUAUUUGGAUUC